AUGCCAUCGAUCCAGCUGCCACUGCUUCUCCUCUGUCUAACCUUGUCUGGUGUUUGCCUCAACGGGGGGCAGCCCCUUCCAGAGGAAAGCGAGAACAUGGUUAAACCCCCCCUCGGUGACAUCCUGCAGAGAUCCGAAAGCCGCCUCAAGUCUGCCCUCAAGAACGCUGAAGAGAUGAAUAAAGAACCAAAUGCCCUUCUGCCAGAAUGGCUUUCCAAAAGACAGCACUCUGGGAAGAAGUACCUGAGUGACCUGGUGAAGAGACAACAUCCUGGAAAAAGAGAUGCUGAGGAAGACACAUCUUAUGGAGACGCUCAGAAGAGGCAGUAUCCAGGGAAAGGAGAGACACAAGAUGACCUGGACAGCUAUCUGGAGCUGAAAAAGCGACAGCACCCUGGCAGAAGGUGGCUGUCAGACCAGGAUGCUGACACCCCUGCUGCACAACCAACCUACUUCAAUCAGCUACCCAAAAGGCAGCACCCGGGCAAGAGGUAUCUAAUGUCCAAGUGGCAGCAUCCUAGCAGAAGAGGCUGGAAUGAUGAGGUAGAAGUAAAUAAGCAAUAUGGUGAGGAACGCCAGCAUGCUGGCAAAAGCCCCUGGAAUUCUGACAGCCCUGAGGAUGCAGGCCCCUGCAGCUUCCAGGAGCCCUUCACCUGUAGCAAAGGCAGCCUGUUGCUUCAUUUAGUAGAAAGUGUUAGCAAAGACAGGGGAGAAGAAAAACAUCAGCACCCAGGAAAGAGAUCAGCGCGGGAGAGUGAAACAGAGGAAUGAGCAAAUCAUUGUGUACCAUUGGCAUCUGGUGGAGGAAACUGCCAGCUCACCACACAAUGCUGUUUGCUCCCCUCUGGCUUCCUGCUGCUGACCUCUGCACCUACCUUUCAGUGCAUUCACAUUCCCAUUUCAGUCAAUGGCUUUGUCACACACUUAAAGGAACUAAAGGACCCUGUGGAAUGGGGCAGGCAAGUGCUGCAAGUCUUCACCUACUCCACUUUAGGGAGUUAAGAAUGCUCCUUA